UGAUGGGGGAGCCGGCCACCACCAAUAUCAUGGCUGUUGAUAAUUUAAUUUACAGUUAUGCCUUUUCCGUUGAAUUGAAUUAGAAUUUAGGGAUUUUGCAGUCGCACUGAUACCAAUCCAAUGGCGCUGUCGCGAUUUUGUUAUCCCUGUUGUUCUACUCUUCCCUCCCCACCACCACCGCCAUCCCCGCCGCAAUCUUCGUCUGUCCCUUGUCUUGGUAGCAGCUAUUCACCCUCCAAGUCCCCAGUAUUUACAGGUUCUGCCCUCCUCCGCCCUCUCCGUUGGCAAUCAAGCCACCGGCACCUGCGGUCUCUGACGGCGGUGAAGGUGAGGGGCAGCCUCUCUUCCGCCGCGGAAACUUCAAUUUCUGGCAGAGAAGGAGAGAAGGAGCUGCUACUCGAAGUGAAGGAUCUAACGGCCGUGAUUGCCGAAUCCAAACAGCAGAUUCUCAAGGGCGUCAACCUCUCUGUCUACCAAGGGGAGGUUCAUGCAAUUAUGGGAAAGAACGGUUCCGGGAAAAGCACUCUUGCCAAGGUGCUCGCCGGGCAUCCGGAUUACCAAGUUACAGGAGGUAGUGUUGUGUUUAAAGGUAACAACUUGCUCGAAAUGGCAGCAGAAGACCGGUCACUUGCCGGGCUUUUUAUGAGUUUCCAGUCCCCAGUUGAGAUCCCCGGUGUCACCAACAUUGAUUUUCUCAACAUGGCUUACAAUGCUCGCAGAAAAAAACUAGGACUGCCGGAGCUUGGACCAAUUGAGUUCUAUGCUUAUAUAUUUCCCAAACUUGAUCUUGUCAACAUGAAGACCGACUUCCUUAAUCGAAAUGUUAAUGAAGGCUUUAGUGGAGGUGAAAAGAAGCGCAAUGAGAUUUUGCAACUGGCGGUAUGGUUAUCAUUCUUAGUUUUGGGAGCAGAGUUGGCUAUAUUGGAUGAAAUUGAUUCUGGAUUGGAUGUUGAUGCACUACGAGAUGUAGCAAAGGCAGUCAAUGGGCUUCUGACUCCGACAAAUUCUGUAUUGAUGAUUACUCAUUAUCUACGACUUCUGGAAUUUAUAAAGCCAACACGUAUCCAUAUUAUCGAGGAUGGGAAAAUUAUAAAGACAGGUGACAUCUCCUUAGCAGAAGUGCUAGAGAAGGAAGGGUACAAAGCAAUUUCUUGAGCAUAACUUUAUGAAGGAAUGUCAUUCAAGAUAACACUGGACACAAGCUCAGAUGUAGUAUUGCUGAAACUGCUUCAGGAUUUGAUUUGGGGAAAAGCGGGUGCAGGAGUAAUGAUCUCUCCCGAAAAACCAUAAAACAUAAUCUGCGUUCACUGCUUGGUAAUUUGAGUUUUACAUUUGUCUAAUUUGUUAGGACAUAUUAUGGGCAUCAUGUGUGGAAAGUAUGAUGUGGUUUUUGCUAUUUUCAUACAGCCCUGAUACCUAAGUAAUCUCAUAUAAAAGUGAAAUAACUUGAAAGUUUUGCUA